CUCGCGCUCUCCCUGGUAACGAGCACCGCGCGCGCGGGGCUGCGCCCUGCCCGAGCCGCCGCCGCCCCCCCCCCCAUCCCCUCACGGCCCCUCACGGUCCCUCACCGCCGCCAUGCAGGGCGAGGACGCCCGGUACCUCAAGAGGAAGGUAAAAGGAGGUAACAUAGAUGUGCAUCCAUCUGAGAAAGCCCUCAUUGUCCAUUAUGAAGUGGAAGCAACGAUUCUGGGAGAGUUGGGAGACCCCAUGCUGGGGGAACGCAAGGAAUGUCAGAAAAUAAUUCGGCUGAAGAGUCUUAAUGCAAACACAGACAUUGGUUCCCUGGCUCGAAAGGUGGUUGAAGAAUGCAAGCUCAUUCACCCCUCCAAGCUUGGAGAAGUAGAGCAGCUGCUGUACUACCUGCAGAACCGCAGAGAUUCCUCAGCAGGAAAAGAAAAGAAAGAGAAAACCAGCAAGCCAAAAGAUCCACCCCCAUUUGAAGGAACAGAGAUUGAUGAAGUUGCCAAUAUCAAUGACAUGGAUGAGUACAUUGAGUUGCUGUAUGAGGACAUUGCUGACAAGGUGCGUGGCUCUGCCCUCAUCCUGCAGCUGGCCAGGAAUCCUGAUAAUUUGGAAGAGCUGCUUAUAAAUGAAACUGCCCUGGGUGCAUUGGCUAGAGUGCUGAGGGAAGACUGGAAACAAAGCAUUGAACUGGCUACCAAUAUAAUUUACAUUUUCUUCUGCUUUUCGAGUUUCUCUCAAUUUCAUGGGAUAAUCACACACUACAAAAUUGGAGCUCUAUGUAUGAAUAUCAUAGACCAUGAACUGAAGAGACAUGAGCUUUGGCAGGAAGAACUUGCUAAAAAGAAGAAAGCUGUUGAUGAAGAUCCUGAAAAUCAAACCCUGAAAAAGGACUACGAGAAAACUUACAAGAAAUACAAAGGGCUGGUUGUCAAGCAGGAACAGCUGCUUAGAGUUGCAAUUUACCUGCUCCUAAACCUCGCUGAGGAUACUCGCAUUGAGCUGAAGAUGAGGAACAAGAACAUUGUGCACAUGUUGGUGAAAGCACUGGACCGGGAUAAUUUUGAGCUGCUUAUCCUCGUUGUAACCUUCCUGAAGAAACUCAGCAUUUUCAUGGAGAACAAAAAUGAUAUGGUUGAAAUGGAUAUUGUUGAAAAACUUGUGAAAAUGGUACCAUGUGAACAUGAAGACCUGCUGAAUAUCACUCUUCGACUCUUGCUGAACCUCUCCUUUGACACAGGCCUGAGAAGUAAAAUGGUCCAUGUUGGUUUGCUUCCCAAACUCACUGCACUCCUGGGAAACGAAAAUAACAAAAAAGUAGCGAUUUGCAUUCUGUAUCACAUCAGCAUGGACGAUUGCUUUAAAUCGAUGUUUGCAUACACAGACUGUAUCCCUCAGUUAAUGAAGAUGCUUUUUGAAUGUCCUGAUGAGAGAGUUGACCUGGAACUUAUUUCUUUCUGUAUUAACCUUGCUGCCAACAAAAGAAAUGUGCAGCUUAUCUGUGAAGGAAAUGGUUUAAAAAUGCUCAUGAAGCGAGCUUUGAAGUUUAAGGAUCCAUUGUUAAUGAAGAUGAUCAGAAACAUUUCACAACAUGAUGGGCCAACUAAAAGCCAGUUUAUUGAAUAUGUUGGUGAUUUAGCAGCUCAAAUAUCAAAUUUGGAAGAUGAAGAAUUUGUGAUUGAAUGCCUGGGAACACUUGCAAAUUUGACCUUACCAGAGCUGGACUGGGAACUUGUGCUGAAGGAAUACAAACUGGUUCCAUAUCUCAAGGAUAAGUUAAAACCAGCAGGUUCUGCUGAGGAUGACCUUGUUUUGGAAGUGGUGAUCAUGAUUGGGACAGUGUCCAUGGAUGACUCCUGUGCUGCUCUGCUGGCUAAAUCUGGGAUCAUCCCUGCCCUCAUCGAGCUGCUGAAUGCUCAGCAGGAAGAUGAUGAGUUUGUCUGCCAGAUCAUCUAUGUGUUUUAUCAGAUGGUGUUCCAUCAAGCCACCAGAGAUGUCAUCAUCAAGGAAACACAAGCUCCAGCGUACCUCAUAGACCUGAUGCACGAUAAAAACGCCGAGAUCCGCAAGGUCUGUGACAACACCCUGGAUAUCAUAGCGGAAUAUGAUGAGGAAUGGGCUAAAAAAAUCCAGACGGAGAAGUUCCGAUGGCACAACUCGCAGUGGCUGGAGAUGGUGGAGAGCCGGCAGAUGGACGACAGCGAGCAGUACCUGUAUGGGGACGAUCCCAUCGAGCCCUACAUCCACGAGGGGGACAUUCUGGAGAGACCUGACCUCUUCUAUAAUGCAGAUGGGCUGAUGGUCCCUGAUGGAGCGGUGAGUCCGGAUAUCUUCGGGGAUUACCAGCUGCAGAAUGGAGACCUGGUUGGGCAGCAUCCCUUCUCUGGCAACAUUGGAGUGGAUGGCUUUGCUCCGAGCGCGGGGGGGCCCGGGCGCCCGGCAACCGCCUACGGCUACCGGCCAGAGGAGCCCUUCUUCUACGGCUACGGGGCACGGUGAGGGGCCAGCAGCACCUGCCUGCUCCUGCAUGCUGCACCACCGGGCUCCAGCACUCUGUAUCCUUUGGCAUGUGUGGCUCCACGUACAUUUAGCCUUCCUGGGUCCGGUGUGUUAGUGACAGUGUUUACUCUUGGGUUGCCCUUUGUUGUUGUUAUUUUUGUACAGUAACUGUGACUUGAAAGCGGGAAUUGGAAACUACUGGACUGGAAAGUGUCACAUUAUGUAUAUUAAGCUACUAAUUUAAUUUCUAUUAAAUAGAAAAACCUGUGUGGUCA